GUUUUCUUGUUGGUUAUUGUUACCCAUGGCAAUCUAACUCCAGUCUUAAGUUACCCACACUAUUUUGAUAGUAGAUUCGAGAAGUUUGAGGAAGUUUGGCGUGCUGUCCAGCAAUGUUUAAGGGCAUUUGGCGACUUUUUCUGGCAAGCAUUUGUUUCCAUAUUGGUGAGCCAACCUCUAGAAGCUUGGCAAACAUUAAAGGUUGCCACUUGUUCAACGGUGAGUGUCAAACAAGUUGAAAAGGAGGUGGGAGAAGGGGCUUUAGCACAUGCCAAUGACUUUACCGAAGUUUUCCGGAGAUGGGGUUGUACUGAUAAUGAUAUUGCACAAAUCUUUGCACGUGGGCCUUCUCUGCGCAGGAGUGACUUAAACCAACUACAGAAUAAACUCCACCUGCUACAAGGCCUAGGGAUCACAUCUCCCGACCUUGUGAAGAUCAUUAAUUGUCGUCCACGGUUCCUCAAAUGUUGGAUCAACAACAACUUCCAUGAGCAGAUUGAGUCUUUCUUGAAAAUAUUUGAAUCUAAAGAAGUUCUUGUCAAAGCCAUUGUAAGGAACCCCUCACUUUUGACUUAUGAUUUCCAUAGUAGAGUCAAAUCUGUAAUCUCCCAGUAUGAAGAAAUGGGUCUUAGUAAAAAGGAUUUGAUUCUCAUGCUUAUAUCUCGCCCCACAUUGAUUCCAAGGACUUCCUUUAAUGAUGAGAAGAUGGAAUACAUACAAAAAACAGGGCUCUCACAGGGUGACAAGAUGUUCAAAUAUGUUGUUACAAUCAUUGGUAUCUCACGACUUGAAACGAUCCGUCAUAAAGUAGCCAAUUUGGAAAAGUUUGGUUUCACAGAAGAUGAGAUAUUUGCUUUGCUUGGGCGAUCUCCCCUUAUCUUGACUCUAUCAGUCGAUAAAGUGCAAAGGAACAUGACUUUCAUCUUGUGCACGUUGAAGUUACCUGCUAAAGUUAUUCUCAACUAUCCAUUUCUGUUAUAUUUUAACCUGGAUGCUGUCUUGAAGCCACGGGUGCAUCUCCUAGGGAAGAUGGAGGAAAUGGGUCUCCAUAUGCAGAUCAAAGGCCAUCCACUGCUCAGGGCCCUUAGGAUGACAGAGAAGAGAUUCUUGAAGAAAUUUAUUUACAGUCAACCAAAAGAUGUUGCUGAUGAGUUGAUGCAGUUCUAUCAAAUUGCAAAAGGCAUUAAGCGUUUGGGAGAAACCUCAAGGAAGAUCAGUUAUAGGGGAUUCCCUUUCUAAACCUCUCUCUUUUGACAUUUUCAAGGUUAAUCUAAGAGAUAUCUGGCUUGGAGGUUAGACCAAAUUUAUGACGCUAUGUUUUGAAUUGUAAUUGAUUCAUUAACAAAAUGAUAAUUUUUGUCAUGUACAGCACUUCAGUUCCUGCAUUGUUGUAUCAUUUGUCAGCAAGAAUAAAGUUCAAAACCCAUUUGCGUGAAUACCUAUUAGAUUUGGAAAUGUUUCUCAACUUAUCCUGUUUGUGCUGUAGAUUACCUGUUCUUUAUUUGGAGGAUGAGCUGAGAACAUGUAACUUGUUGUCUUCUAAUUGUCAUUUAUUAACAUUGCAUUCUCAUAAGCUCAGGAAGAUUAUGGAGGUUAAAUUGUGGGAUUUUGAUCGUUGUAGGAAGAUUGGACAGAAGAACCACAAUUGAACAACAGCGAACUGCUUGGUUCCAAUGCCAAGUUUGAAGUACAUCUGCCACCAACUUCAGUAGGAUUAAAGACGAUGACUGAAAAUGGCAGCUGACUCUAAUGGCCACCAGGUAAUUAAUUGUUACGAGGCUUGAUAGUAUGAGUUCGUAGGUUCUUUCUUUUUUAUAUAAAUAAUUUUCCUACAAAACGGAAGAGCUAAAGUUCUAUGAUGAGUAGUCAUUUACGAAUUACAACCAUCUCAAAAUGGAAGGAGAUUGCAGAAUCACAUGGUCUUUAGGAAUCAAAAGGCCUAAUUUCACGGGAAGAUUUAAAAUGUUUAUUGAACUAUAACUAUUGAUGUACGAAACUUCCAUGAUCUGUACUUCAAAAUUUUGUCUUUGUGUUAACCAAUAUGAUCGUCAUACACUAUAUCAUAUUUUCUUUUGUUCUUACUCUAUUUAUCAAUUAUGGUGUUACACCAGUUUAUUUUGCAUGUACUGCUUUCUUUUCAUAAUUAUUUGGCUUCUAGUGAAAAAUAACACCAUAUUUUGCAUGUACUGCUUGCUUUUCAUAAUUAUCUGGCUUCUAGUAAAAAAAUGCACCAUACCUUGAUUUUGGUGGGAGGUUUAUAGUUCUUUCUGCUGAGUUUGACAUUUCCAGCUGCUACUGUUUGAUCACCAGCUACUUCAAUAUGUUGAACUUUAUGCACAUUGCCGUUCUUAUUCUCUUUUCACUUGGCGCAAGGGAUACGCUAUUAGAAUGAAUGAGAGCAGCCGUCCCAUCUUUGCGAUGGACCUUGUUUCUUUCUAUCUACGGUUAGCAAGUACAUUGUUUCUUUCUUUCUAUCAAUGUGGUCUGAUUCGGACACCUUGCUUAUUGAUGUAGUCGAUUCUAAGCAUGUUUGGUUUUUGUUAAAGGAUAAAUGAUGGGACAAAAUAGCAUGCUUAGUUCGAUUAUUCUGCCAUGUGAGAUUGCUAUCUAAGUAAAAGAUUGAGGCGUUUGAAGUUAUGUGCAUUAUGCCAAAGCAUAUAAAACCCUUGAGAAAAAUACGAGCAGUCAGAGAACGGUAGUAGAAAACUAACAUCUCCACAAUUUGUUGGCUUGACUAUAUUUUUUGUUUUAUGUUUUAUUGAUAUUUACUUUUUGAAUAAUACUAUUGAUUUAGUCCA